ACGCGUGCGCGUACGGUGAGUUUAGUGACGCUGUGUCCUGUUGGUGAGAGCCGCGACACUCCGCGGUACCCGUUUAAUUCCGUACCUAGUGUUUCGCUGUUUAAUCAGAAUGGAUCCCGCAAAAAUGACCAUCAUGCCGCACAGCAGGAAACGCGUCUGCUACUAUUACGACAGUGACAUCGGCAAUUAUUAUUAUGGCCAAGGACACCCCAUGAAACCACAUCGUAUAAGGAUGACGCACAACCUGCUUUUAAAUUAUGGCCUUUACAGAAAAAUGGAGAUAUAUCGACCUCAUAAAGCCACGGCAGAUGAGAUGACAAAAUUUCAUAGUGAUGAAUACAUUAGAUUUCUGAGGUCAAUAAGGCCAGACAAUAUGUCUGAGUACAACAAACAAAUGCAACGAUUUAAUGUAGGAGAAGACUGUCCCGUCUUCGAUGGCUUGUAUGAGUUUUGUCAAUUAUCAGCUGGUGGAUCCGUAGCUGCUGCUGUAAAGCUUAACAAGCAAGCUUCAGAUAUCUGCAUCAACUGGGGUGGUGGUUUACACCAUGCUAAAAAGAGCGAAGCCUCAGGCUUCUGCUAUGUAAAUGAUAUUGUUCUUGGUAUUUUGGAACUGUUGAAAUAUCAUCAGAGAGUUUUGUAUAUUGAUAUUGAUGUUCAUCAUGGCGAUGGUGUGGAAGAAGCUUUCUACACAACAGAUAGAGUAAUGACGGUUUCAUUUCAUAAAUAUGGCGAAUACUUCCCCGGAACUGGAGAUCUUCGCGAUAUCGGGGCGGGAAAGGGAAAGUAUUAUGCAGUGAAUAUACCUCUGAGAGAUGGUAUGGAUGACGAAAGCUACGAAUCCAUAUUCGUUCCCAUUAUCUCCAAAGUCAUGGAAACCUUCCAACCUUCCGCUGUUGUUCUGCAAUGUGGUGCUGAUUCAUUAACCGGCGAUCGUUUGGGAUGCUUCAACUUGACUGUGAGGGGUCAUGGUAAAUGUGUAGAAUUCGUGAAAAAGUACAAUUUGCCGUUUUUGAUGGUCGGAGGUGGCGGCUAUACAAUCAGGAAUGUAUCCAGAUGUUGGACAUAUGAGACGUCUGUAGCUCUCGGAUGUGAAAUUGCAAAUGAACUCCCAUAUAACGAUUACUUUGAGUACUUCGGUCCCGACUUCAAGCUGCACAUUAGCCCAUCGAAUAUGGCGAAUCAAAAUACACCGGAAUACCUCGAGAAAAUAAAAACAAGACUCUUUGAAAACUUGAGGAUGCUACCUCAUGCGCCUGGCGUACAAGUUCAGGCAAUUCCAGAAGAUGGUGCUGUUAUCGAGGAUUCGGAAGCUGAGGAUAAGAUUAACCCUGACGAAAGAUUGCCACAACGCGACUUAGAUAAAAGAAUACAACAUGAAAAUGAGUACAGUGAUAGUGAAGACGAGGGUGAAGGCGGCCGAAGAGACAACAGGUCAUUCAAGGGAUCUAGUCGGAAACGACCGCGCUUAGAAAAAGGUCAGGAGAGUAUGGACACUGAUAUGAAAAAAGAUGAUGAUCUCAAGUCGGAUCCGAAAGAAAAUGAGAAAGACGAGAAGACAAAUCCCACGAAUGAGGAGACGAAGAAAGAUGGCGGGGCGAAUCCCUGAUAAACGAUUGUGUUCUGAUGUGUCUAAGGAAAUGGAAAGAUGUCUUUAUUUAAAUUAAACAUAUAAUCAAGUUUAAGUGAUUUAUGUGACAGGAGCAUGUUGGUGCAUAGAUGUCCGCUGCCUUUACUUUGCCUCGCCAUUCGAAAGAUUUUUUUAUCUUUACAUUAAAAGAAAUCCGAAAAAUUUUCAGUUUCUCCGAAAUAACAAAUCCGUUUCUGGCAGCGUCAUCAUCGCCGAAAUUUACACGUAUGAGCGUGUAUAUAUAGCUUAAUACGCUCCACAAUUUUAAUCAUAGACUGAUAAAUUCAGAAGUGUAUGUGCGAAUAUUUUCAAUUUUCGGCGCUUCGUUCAGAACGAUCGAUCUGCGAUUGAAAAUGUCGCGAGAGAAGGUGCACGGUGUCCCGAUCGAUUUGUCAAGAUUUUAUAAUCUGACCGCGGUUCUUCAUACAUAUUGUUCAUUCAGCAUGCAUACACCCACCUCAACUAGUCAUGUAAGGCAAUAAUUCUGAGGGAUCUUUCUAUAUAUCAGCCAAUUCUAGAAGUUUAUGUAAACUCGUGUCAGUUUCUCGCAGAUCUUGAGAUUAUAAGAUAUUGGCGGCAAUCCGUCAGGGCACCGGGCCGAUUCUAUUGUUCCAAUGCUCCAAUCAAAUUUCUACAACAUGCACGUAUACAUCAUAUAAGGCGGGGCAUCUAAAGCUGGUACCCUCUAAUAUCUUCGUUGCGCACAAACGUAUAUAUGUAAGAAAUUAGCAAUAACGAAAAUGGACUCUCCAGAAACGGAAUUUACUUCCUCGUAUAUUUUCGGCUUAAAUUCGGUUUAAAUAAGGAGCUUUCCUUAUUUCUCAUGUCUUGUCCACGUGACCACGCGCAACGAGUAUAUUUCGGACAUGUUUUAAACGUCCCGCUUUGUAUAACGUACGAUCUGCUCGCGCUGUCAGCGUGACACACGUUGUCUUACGAUUAAACGAACCAUUGGCCCGUGAAACACAAUGGUGCAAUUUGAUAGCCAAGGUUGAUUCAAGGGAUAACAAUAAUGGUUCGACGAAUUCGUUUGCUUCCUAUUCUUGUACAUACACAACACACAAAAUUAAUGUUAAACGAAGCCGUUGCACGCAAUAACAAUACAAUAGUGAUGAUCAUCGUCAUUCUCCUUGAAAGUGUAAAAUAUUUCGUCUUUUAUACGUUAUUCGAGAAAAAAAAGGGCAGUUCCUUUUUAUCAUUUCUCUGGUUCAUCCGGCAAAGGGAUUGCUGCAAACAUUAGGUCUGUUUUUUUCGCUGAACUAGUGCUAUAAGUGAGAAAACAUAUUUAGGUCUGUUCGUCUCCGCCGCAUCACUGAACUAGUGCAAUAAGUUGAAGUAAGGAAAUAUAUACUUGUCUCGCUUCAACUUAUUGCACUAGUUCAGCGAAA